AUGUCUGCCAAACAAACUACCAAUUAUAAAUUACCAGAAUAUACUUUAAAAGAUUAUGCUUCAUUUGCUUUAGCAGGUGCAAUUGGUUGUGGUGUAACUCAUGGUGCUAUGACACCAAUUGAUGUUGUUAAAACCAGAAUCCAAUUAGAACCACAAGUUUAUAACAAAGGUAUGCUUGGUACUUUCAAACAAGUUAUUCAAACUGAAGGUGCUGGAGCUUUAUUAACUGGUUUUGGUCCAACUGUUUUAGGUUAUUCAUUACAAGGUGCUUUUAAAUUUGGUGGUUACGAAUUCUUUAAAAAACAAUUUAUUGAAUAUUUAGGAUAUGAUACUGCUAAAAAAUACAAAAAUUCCAUUUUCAUUGGUUCAUCAGCUUUAGCUGAAUUUUUUGCUGAUAUUGCUUUAUGUCCAUUAGAAGCUACAAGAAUUAGAUUAGUUUCUCAACCAUCAUUUGCAAAUGGUUUAGUUGGUGCUUUUUCAAAAAUUUUAAAAGAGGAAGGUGUUUCAUCAUUCUAUAAUGGUUUCACUCCAAUUUUAUUCAAACAAAUUCCAUAUAAUAUUGCUAAAUUCUUAGUUUUCGAAAGAGCUGCUGAAGCUAUUUAUGGUGCUAUCCCAACUCCAAAAUCUCAAUUAUCAAAUGGUGCAAACACUGCUGUUAACUUAGGUGCAGGUGUUAUCGCUGGUUGUGCUGCUGCUAUUGUUUCUCAACCAGCUGAUACUUUAUUAUCAAAAGUUAACAAAACUAAAAAAGCUCCAGGUCAAUCAACUGUCGGUUUAUUAAUUCAAUUAGCUAAACAAUUAGGUAUUAAAGGUUCAUUUGCUGGUUUACCAACAAGAUUGGUUAUGGUUGGUACCUUAACUUCAUUACAAUUCACCAUUUAUGGUACUUUGAAAAAAGCUUUACAUUGUCCACCAGGUGUCGAAUUAUAA